AUGAAUCUCAACUUGCACAACAACAACAACUCUUCGCUAUAUAACAGCUACAAGAACAACACUUACACAGUUUACAAAUCCAAAGUUUCACCUUCGCGACGCCUUAAGAAUUUAUUAAAGCCCGUCUUGGGUCGCAUCUUCAAGACAAAAGCCAGCAAGCCCAAACGCAGUUCCUACAUUGCCUCCGAGGAGAAGGAAUGCGAAUUCGAUUGGCUCAACAAUGACAUGGACAACAUGGCCAAUGAACAUUUGGAGCAUCGUUUAAUCGAUGAAUUGCGUCACAGUGAAAGUGGAGAAGCCAUAGUGGUUAUCGAUGAGAAUGGUGGACGUCAUUUGGAGUUUGUUGACAAGGACAAUAUCUAUGUUCCUGUACACUUUGCCCGAACCAAUGCAGGCACCUUCUUUUGGACUUCGAUACAACGUGAGACCAUAGAACCUUAUCAAAUUGAAUGGAAUUUCCUAGAUCGUUGGGCCCAAGCCUAAAGCUGAGAUAAGAGGUGUCUAAACAAACAUUUGAAUCUAAUUGGAAAUGGAUUUUUGUGUCAAAUCAUC